AAAAAAAACACAUCUUGGAGAAGAAGAGAAAAAACAAGAGCGGAAGAAAAAUGGGAGAGGAAAACAAAGUGAGACUCCAUGGGACAUUUAUGAGUCCAUAUAGCAAAAGGGUGGAAUUGGCCUUGAGACUUAAGGCCGUACCUUACGAAUUCGUGGAAGAAGAUCUCAAGAACAAGAGCCGAGAUCUUCUCAAGUACAAUCCCGUUCACGAGAAGAUUCCGGUUCUCGUUCACAACGGUAAACCGAUAUGCGAAUCUUCGGUUAUCAUCGAAUACAUCGAUGAGACUUGGAAAACCGGUCCACGGAUCUUGCCCGAGGACCCUUAUAGAAGAGCCAAGAUCCGGUUUUGGGCUCGCUACCUCCAAGAACACGUGUUUGAAGUUCUGUUAAAGGUAAUCAAAACACAAGGAGAUGAACAAGAAAAAGCCCAUGAAGAGCUGAAGGAGAAGCUGAAAGUGAUAGAAGAAGAAGCCCUUGAGGACAUAUCGUACGAAGGAAAACCGGAGAUGGGCCUCGCGGACAUGGUCAUGUGUACGAUGCUGAGUCCGUACAAGGCACAGGAAGAGGUUCUUGGUUUCAAGAUCGUAGAUCCUGAGGCAGUUCCUGGGGUCCACAGUUGGAUCGAUGCCAUCAACGAAGUGGAUGUAGUGAAAGAGUUGAGUCCUCCUCACGAGAAGCUUGUUCAGAUCAUUAGGGCUUUCAGACAAAUGUCUCUGUCUCGUUCUUGAUCAUCUUCUGCGGGAGAUUGGGUUCUUUGUGUCUUGGAUCUGUUGAAUAAAUUAUGUGAAAAUCUUGUGUUUUGGAAUAUAUAUAUAUAUAUAUAUAUAUAUGUAUUUAUAUAGUCAUGCAUGUAUUUUUGGACUUUGGUUGCAAAUUUAAGCGGUUUUUGUUGAUGUGCA